AUGGAGAAUAGUAGUAACACCAUCAAUCAAUCAGAUCAAUCUUCAAUCUCAACUUCACUUUCAACUGCCUCCAUCGAUCCACUCGUACAUCUCUCUAACACUCUCACGUACCAUCAACAUCAUCUGAUUCGACUUUAUACCUCACUGGGUCAUUCUGAACCAACACUCCUAGUGGCUGGAAAGAUUACUGAACUUCAUACUUGCAUUCUCAAGACGAUCGAGCUUCAAGCUAAGCAAGCCGAAUCAGAAGUCGAAAAACUUACAAAAUCUGUAGAAGACCUCUCCGAUCAUAUUCAAACCCUUCGAGCCCGUCUGAAUCACCAUUCACAUCAUCAUCUUGAUCUCGAACCACUUGAUGGAAAAGAAGCACUUGUGCCACGACUAGAAAGGCUACAAAACAUUGAACGCGAGCUUCUCGACCUCAAAUGCGAACGAGAGGUUCAAGCUGAAAAUGUCAUUCAAGUCCUCGAAGGAUAUAUCCCAAUCCUUGGACAAGACUACAUCACCGCAAUCAUUUCUGGCCCCAAUCCAGAAUCUGGACGCUCUGGUACUGAUCUUAGUCUGGAAUACAUUCAAAGACUCGAAAAACAUUGCAAACAAUGUGAACGCGAAGUGAAAGUCUAUAUCAUAGAUGACAUUCAUAAGGAAGACAACUCAUUUCGAUCAAACCACUUUGGAACUCUAUUACCAGUCCACACGCUCAGAAACACUGGCACAGCACUUUCAGGAAUCUCUCCUACUCUCUCGCCACUUUCAUCCUCGAACGAAGAUCAUCAACAAGCUCAAUUUGAUGCUGAAGUACUCUUGCAUCUCGGCUUCGAAGGCAUCACUGUCACUGAAACUGGAGACAUCGCCUCUCUUGGUCAACGGACACCGAUACCAAUGCAACCUACUUUGGAAAACCUGAAUCGCGCUGAAGCACGAAGGUUAUGGCUUGAAACCGAAAGUUCAAAACGUGGGGAAGAAAUUCAACGUUGCUAUGAUGAACUUUGCCCGAUUUGGCUGGACGUACCUGAAGAAAAUCAGGAAGACUUUGUGGAACAGUGGAGCGGACUCAGUCUCCAAUGUGUAGAAGCAUAUCAAUUAGAGCUGGCUCGAAUGAUCGAACUACGAAAGGAACACAUGGUACAGUUUGUAGACCAGAAGCGUCAAUUGAUAUUCCAAUUAUGGGAUCAGAUGUAUUUGACUGUGUUUGGCGUUAUAAUAGGCUGCUUUUCUGAAGAGUUGUUAGCCGCCCAUGAUGCCAAGUAUCAAGAGCUUCUUCAAGAAUUGGAAGAUCGCAAACCAGUACUAGAUUUGUUUGAUCGGUACACAACCUUGCUUCAAGAAGCACAUGACCUACAAUUGGCAGAAAAAGAUCCAGAUCGAUUCGCCAAAGGUAAACGUCAUGAUCCUGGUAAGCUGCUUCGAGAGGAAAAGAUUCGAAAAAGGGUGACAAAGGAGAAACCAAAGUUAGAAGCGCAAUUGAAGGAACUCAUACCGCAGUGGGAAAACAGCCGUGGCCGUCCUUUUCUCAUCAAUGGAAGCCGAUAUCUUGAUGAUUUGGUGACCAGGCUGGAACAGGAGGCAGCCUCCAAAGAUCAGCGAACCAAGACAGGUACCGCGCCUGUGAAGCGACAACAGACCGGAACCCAGUCUCGGAGUACAUCACCUGUGAAGAAACGAACUAGGUCGGGGACGGUGUCGAAGCCACCUGUCAGUGGGGCAAUGGUGGCGAUGAGAGGGAGUGCAAAUCCUUUUGGGUCUGCCACCCCUGGUUUCAACAAUGGGAUGCAAUCCGCCAGUCGGAUAGGCGCGCAGCCGACGGGUGGUUCAAAUUAUAACAUGCGAAGUGGGACGCUACAUCCUCAACGGACCGGUUCUUCAAUGUCGAACUACAACCCUACGACCCCCACGCCGUUCUACCAGCAUCAUGGCACGUCAAACCGAUCUCGCUCUAUUGAUCAACACCAUGGUGUACCUUCAUCUAUCACUCGGUCAAGCUCGUUAGCAUCAUCUAUGCGGCCUUCCAAUCUUCCACCUCGAGCACCGUCUAGUCUUUCCAACUCAACACAUCAUUCCACCGCCCUUCCGCAGCCCUCUUCCCACGCUCCUACUAUUCCUCGACCACAACUGGUCUCGACAAUAAAUCGACCUCCACUCCUUCAAAGGAGUACGAAUACUAAUCCUCCUUUACCUAAACCUGUACCUAAGCCGCCACAAAUUCAAGUUAGUAAGAGGACUAGCUUUCGACCUAGACCGUCUAGCAUUCUUUACCAUCCACCUCCCCUUCCUACAAGUCGGGCGGUGAGUAUCAGUGGAUCGACGAAUACCAUUGAUUCUGUACCAGUUCGAAUGGAUGAAGCGCAACCAUUGAUUGAGUGA